AUGGGGAAUCGCGCCUACCUCCUGCUACCCGUUUUCGUCGCGUGCCUCAUUUUUCUUGCUGAGGCAGCACCCGUAGUCACGGAGAAAGCAUUACUAUCCGAGGCAUUUGAGCGACCCGAGAGGAUCCUAACGCGCCACAAGUCCCCGCAGAGGGACCCGCCGGCGGCGGGCGCCAACGACGUGUCCGGCGGCGCGGACUCUGGCGCGGGGGGAAGCAGUGCGGACGCCGCCUCGGCGGAUUCCGCCGAGUCUGCGCCGAACAUGCGCGCCACGAGCAGCAAGUCCGCGGAUUCCUUGCGGAAGAGCAGGGAUCACUCGGGCGGCCGCAAUGAUAACUCGGGCGGCCGCAAUGAUCACUCGGGCGGCCACAACGACCACUCGGGAGGCCGCAAUGAUCACUCGGGCGGCCGCAAUGGUGAUCACUCGGACGGCCGCAAUGAUCACUCGGGCGGCCGCAAUGAUCACUCGGGCGGCCGCAACGACCACUCGGGCGGCCGCAAUGAGCACUCGGGCGGCCGCAAUGAUCACUCGGGCCGCCGCAACCGCGGCGGUUCGUCAUCGGGGUGUCCGUCAUCCACGUCCGGGUGCGCCAUCACGUUCAACGGGCACCAAGGCGGCGGCAUCCCAUGGUUCCCGCUGCCCCAGCAGCCGAGCGACAGUUUCAAGGACCUGAUCGUCGGUGGUCCCUUGGAACUAGUCAGCAGUGUGAAGGUUGAAUGGCUCAACUCGAACGGCGCGCAGUACCCAUGCUCGAACUCAGGCACGGCCAACCUCGAGAACCAGUUCUACGCCACCGGCAACGUAAGCGCCAAACCCCAGUCCCAACCGUUGCCUCAACUCCUCUCGCCUCCAUGCCUUGACGCAACGAGUUGUUUCCGCUCUCCACCCUCUCAGCCCAACACCGCCCUUCACUCUGCCUUUGCCCUUGUGGUGCUUCUCCUGGUGGCCCGCGGCAGCUUCAAGCUGAUUUCAAUUGAUUUGCUUCCUCCCUCACCCGCUCCUCCCCCCCUUCCCCUCCCCCAGGUGAUCAAGAUGCGCGUGGUGCAGCCGGGCGACAGGGGGAAGCUGCGGAACCUGGUGGUGAAGGUGCCGAUAACAGACGGAGUCCUGAAACUUCCCCCUCCUCUUACUCAUCCCCUUCCACCUCACUUCCCUCUCCACUCUUCUCCUCCUCUCUCCCCUGCAGCGCCCAUUUAA